GCUUACCAUGCCUUGACGCGAGUGAGCGAGCAAAGGUUGGACGAGCUGGUAUAAAAGCUGAGCAGAGAAGUCUCAUAUCUUCAGCACUCACUUCCGUCCCCCGACGACACUCACCACCUCAUAUUGAUCCUCUCAGUCACGAUGCGCUUGUCCCUCGCUGUCGCCCCCGCCCUCUUCUUCGGCUUCGCUGCCGCCGCGGUCACCAACGCUGAGAAGCGCGACGUGACGGACCCGACGAACCCGCAGAACCUCAUCAACUGCCCGCCAGGCGGUGGCGCAGACGGCUGCCACCUCGAGACGACGUGCGACCGCAUCCGUAUCAACUACGGCUACUCAUUCAACGGGCACUACAUCUGGUACAACUACAACACGGACGAUGUGCCCGAUGGCAAGCACCUUCAUGAAGGAAGUUGGCUUAGGAAAGUCGAAGUCGAAGUUCGUCGACACGGGAGUUGGAAGGUCCGUGGGCCAGGGAAUGGGUUCCUCGCUCUCGAUGAGGGGCCUCUCGGGCGACGCGGCACCCUCCUCCGGGACGCUUCUGACCGGCAACCCCGCCCCCGCCACUAUUCCACCAACACCACCAGCGACACCUCCAACCACGGGCAAGCCGCCUACCACGUCGGUGGGCCCACCCGCGCCGCCUCCAAGUCCGCUGGUGACACCCCCAAGCCCGGCGGUGACGCCGCCGAGAACACCUGUAACGCCUCCAAGUCCGCCGCCACCAAGCUGACGCUUGCCAGCAACGGCUGGCAGCCCCGCUCCUCCAGCAGCGCCCUCGACACUGCUAACUAUACCGCCAGCAACGGGAAGGCUGGCGACCACGCCAGCUCCUCCAAGUCCGCCGGUGAUCCCACCCAAGAUAGGGUCGACGAUAGGAAGACCACCAAGGAGUUGCCGCUCCGCAAUGACCUCAAUCUCGCGCUUGAGGGGAACGGCAGGGACGAGGCCCUCGACCGCGCCAGCGGCACCCGCAACCGCACCGACGGCCCCUGCCACCUCUGUGACAGAGCCAGCAACGGCGGUGACCUCGCCAGUCACGGCGUCGAUUUGGCGUUUGCCGAUGACGGCGUGCCCGCAGGUAGACAGAGAGCGGUUGCAGUAAUCGAAGGCUUCUACAACGAGACCCCCGUCGUUCACCUAUAG